AUGAGCUUAAUUCAUCCUGAUACUGCAAAAUAUCCUUUUAAAUUUGAACCGUUCCUCAGGCAAGAAUAUUCGUUUUCACUCGAUCCAGAUAGACCAAUAUGUGAAUUCUAUAAUUCUAGGGAAGGCCCUAAAUCGUGCCCAAGAGGGCCCUUGUGCCCCAAGAAACAUGUAUUACCAAUUUUUCAGAAUAAGAUCGUUUGCAGGCAUUGGCUUCGAGGACUAUGCAAAAAGAAUGAUCAAUGCGAAUAUUUGCAUGAGUAUAAUCUUCGAAAAAUGCCUGAAUGUGUCUUCUUCAGCAAAAACGGGUACUGUACGCAAAGCCCAGAUUGUCAAUAUCUACAUAUAGAUCCAGCUAGCAAAAUACCCAAAUGUGAAAACUAUGAAAUGGGGUUCUGUCCUUUGGGGAGUACUUGUCCUAGACGACAUAUCAAGAAAGUAUUUUGUCAAAGAUAUAUGACCGGAUUUUGCCCAUUGGGUAAAGAAGAAUGUGACAUGGAGCAUCCACAGUUCAUAAUCCCGGAUGAAGGUAGUAAGCUAAGGAUCAAGAAAGAUGAUGAGAUAAAUACUAGGAAGAUGGAUGAAGAAAAGGAGAGACGUUUGAAUGCUAUAAUAAACGGGGAAGUUUGA